AUGAGCGCGCCGCCGCCAGGAAAUCCACCGGCCAACGCACCCGGUCGUCCCAAUGGCGCCCCGAAGAGCCAGAAGGCAAACCCUCUCCGACCGAUGCGAAAGAAGCCAAACCCCCUGGUUUCUCGAAGACCGCCCCCCAGACCUGCGCUUCCGUCUGGUUCGGGAACAAAGAAUGGAGCGAAGCCAAACAUUGAGGAGGUUCGGAGGCAGAAUGGAGGAUGGUCGGAGCCACCACCAGCUCAGUAUAGCGACAUUCCCAUCAUGACAACAAAAAAGGCCCUUCUUGAUGGUAUCCGCUACCACAUGAUGAAAUUUACACAGUCCAAACCAGGUGACAGGCCAAUCGACCCGACAGAUCAAGAUGAUUUCGCACGUCCUGUGACAUUGCACCGACGAGAUGCUCGUCAACCACCUCCGGGAAGAGCUGCCAAGAUUGAAGCGCCAGAUGCGCCUCAGGCGGAUGAGCAAGAAGCUGAGAAAAUGGCACAAAUGAAAGCCGAGAAGGAAGCUCAGCGCGCAAUUGACCAGGCCAAGAUUGCGCCUGUCGCGAAGGACGCUAAUCCUAAGCGGCCAAAGAAGCAAAAGGAAGAAAAGACAACCUUCAACAGAGCCCCUAAAACUGAAGCGGCCAAAAAAGAAUCCGACAUCCGAUACGAGGAAGCCCUCCCGUGGCAUCUUGAAGACGCUGAGGGGAAGAACGUGUGGGUUGGGAACUAUGUCUCUGCUCUUUCCGAAUCAAACGUUGCAUUCAUGAUAGAUAAGUCAGUCUUCCGCAUGGUUCCUUUGGAGAAAUGGUACAGAUUCACAUCGAAGCCUCCAUUCCAACCCUACACCAUUGACGAGGCCGAGGCACUCAUGAGCAAAAAGGUGGACGUUGGACGUUGGGUCAUGAAAGAUGAGGAGAAGAAAGCUGGGCGGCAAGAUUUGGAGGCCACUCGACGAAUGUUCUACGGAGGUGGCCAGAUGGUCAAAACCGAAAGCGCUACAUUCAAGGCAGCCUCGAGAUCAGAGAAACUUGACCACGACGAGAUUGAUAUGUCUGGCGAUGAAUUCCAAGACGACGACGAGGCUCCCAUGUUCGAAAAGAACGAUGACGAAGAUACAAAGGAGACCAAAGACCGCGUUCGCCGCGAACAACUCGGCGCCAAUUUAUUCGGUGAAGGUGAUGAGGGAGAGGUUGACAAGGAAUUGGACGAGCAGCUUCGGGAGGAGAUCAUGAGACAGAAACUCGGUAAAGCUACCAAGAAGGCGCUUAUCAAGCGAGAUAGAGAGGAUAUCUACGAGAGCGAUAACUCCGAGGAGAACCCGUGGUCCAGCUCGUCUGAGGACAACUCCUCAGACGAGGAAGAAGACGAAGAGAAGAAGGAAGAAGAGAAAAAGGAUUCUGGAAAGGAAGACAAAGCCCAGAGCGGCUCUGGCUCGAAGGGCACUAAUACUCCAUCUGGCAAGAAACCUGAGGGUUCUAAGAAGAGCAAAUCACUCAAGAGAGCUGGCUCUCCAGCUCUCUCUGAGUCUAGCGGAAACGAGUCUUCCCGCAAGAAGCUCAAGAAGAAUGUCACAUCGGCUGCUGGUAGUAGGUCGGGUACUCCUCUGCCACAAGGCGCAGCCGCCCGUCGAGCUAUGGGCGCCGGAUCCGGUAGCGACGGAGAGGCUACCGCUGGCGAAAUGUCAGAUGGCGCUGUGUCAAAGAGAAAGAAGCUUAAGAUCGUUAGCCACAGCGCUCGAGGCACUCCUUCGGCGUCAAGAGCUGGCAGCCCCAACCCUACGCAGGGUGCUGCUUCUCCUGGCUCCCCUGGCGGCUCAGUUGUCAAACCGGCCGAAAUCCUGGACAAGAUUCCUGACGAGGGUAUCGCCAUCGGCGAACUUAUCAAGCUCUUUAAUCACCGACUUGGUACAGGUUCUGGGCAGAUGCCCAAGACAGAAUGGAUUCAACUGGUGAAGAAGAUUUGCGAGUAUGGACCUGAUAAGAGGCUUCGUCGAAGAUCCUAG